UUAGUAUGGGGUCUAAUUAAUGCGAGCAUAGAGGAAAAUGAUACAAACAAACCAAAUACGCAAAGUCGGGUUGAAGAAUUGGCUAAAAAUAUUGAUGCUGAUUUAUCAAGAAUACAAUAUGUAACAAAUAAUUUUGAACUUUCCUUAAUAAGAUUAUCUCUGGAAGGACAUUUACCUGAAUAG